AGGCGCUGACACAAAAAACUUUACUAUUCUGCCGGAAGCGCUGAGGAAGAAGAAAGGCGCUUGGGCUUUUGGCGCUUGAACAGCUUACAGCUGUGUAACACUGUCGUGAGAAGUGUGUUUUAAUGACUUACUCUUGGACAUUUGUAAACAAUAAUGACACAAGAAGACGAAGCUGUUUCACUGGAACUUUUUAAAGAUGUCAAAUUUUACGUUGUGGGCGAUAUUGACCCAAAGGUUGUGCAGCUUCUCAAAGCAGGAAAAGGGAAGGAAGUGUCAUACAAUGCACUGGCCACUCACAUAAUUGCAGAAGAUGGAGACAACCCAGAGGUGGGCGAAUCCAUGGAGGUAUUUGAUUUGCCUGUUGUUAAGCCCUCCUGGGUGAUCCUCUCAGUCCGAUGUGGAGUCUUGUUACCAGUUGCUGGUUUCUCCCCUGAAUCAGGACAGAUAUUCUUCGGUGUGACAGUGUGUCUUCCAUCGCUUCCAGAUGACCUCAACACUUUGUGGGCCUAUGUUACCUUUUAUGGAGGAGAAUGUCAGCUUAACCUCAACAAGAAAGUCACUCAUUUGGUAGUGAAAGAACCAAAGGGUGCCAAGUUUGAACGUGCACUACAACAUCCUGUGAUCCAUAUCGUCACCCCAGACUGGAUUACUGAUUCUGUACAAGAGAAAAGGAGAAUGGAUGAGGCACUCUAUCAUCCCAGACUUAUUUAUGUGGAGCCCGAGGAAGAGGAGGCGAGUGAAGCAGAAUCCUUUGACCAACGUUCAGAUGGCAGCUACAGCCCCAGGCAACCCCGGCAUUUCAGUAGUUGCACAUCCAGCGAGGAGUCCAGCCCCCGCAGAAGACCGGGACCAAAAAAACUAAAUUCCUCCCCCUUGACUUCCACACAAACACGAGAGCGACGCAGUGAGAGGAUGUUCGACGACUCUGACGACGAUUCCUCCACAGAGAAGGAGGGCACCAACCUCAACUGGACUCCAGCUGAAGCCGUCAUGCCGCCACUUCCUAUUCUGACAGGCACAGCUAGGCAGCAGGGUGUGCCACCCGGUAAAGACCCUGGGUCGUCUACAGACAGCGGACUCAUCAACUUGUGUGCCUCUGUACCUCUUGUGCCUGGCAGUGCACAGGCGUUCCCCUUAGAGUCUCGCUCUGCAGCAGCUGUGAUCAGUCAAAGCAAACAUGAGGGUGUUCCUGUUCCAGGGGGCUUCCCUGCAUGGAGUCCAGUUGUCAGACCCCUUCGCCACAGCUCUGACCUUCAACCAGCCAACCGACUUACCAGCGUAGCAAAUAACCUGACAGCCAAUCAGACAAAGGCGAUGGAAAAGCAGUCCAAUCAGAGCUAUCUUCAAACCCCAAACAGUAAUAAACCUCUUCAGCCCAUUCAGUCCAAAGUUGCCGGACAGCCCCACACUACAGAGCAGCAGCAAUACUUACUGCAACAAACAAACCAAGUGGCACAGCAACCCCAGCAUCCCACAAUGCACCUUCAGCAUCAGAUGAUGCAGCUACAGCACAAUCACCAACAACAACAGAAUCAACAACAGCAACAGCAAGUUGCACAACAACAAGGGUUCCCUCAGUUGCCUCAGCAGCGGCACACUUUUGUGCCACAGCAGCAAAUGCACCAACAGAUAUUCUCCCAGCAGCAACAGCAACAACAGCAGCAUGCUUUCACCCAACAGCAGCUGCGGCCGCAGCAGCUCCUGCGUCCCGGGUUCCAGCAGCUGCAGCAGGAACAGGUUCUGCAGCAGCAGCUGCAGCAGUUCCAAAAGCAGCAGCGUUUGCAGAUGUUCCAAAAGCGGCAGAAUCAACAGCAGUUACAGCAGCAACAACAACAACAGCAACAACAUCUGCAACAGCAGCAUACUUUCAUCCAUCAUCACAUGCAGCCACAGCCGCAUCAACAACAGCAGCAGCAGCAGGCAAUGGUCACACAGCAGGCCCAACCUCAGCAUCUGCUCCAUGUUUCUCAACUAUUUGGUCAUGACCCAGAACAAGAGAUUCCACACGAUGGAUUCCUGGUGGGCUGUGUGUUUGUUAUCGCUGACUACCCAGAGCAGAUUGCUGACAAACAACUUUUGGCCACAUGGAAACGGGUCAUACAGGCCUGCGGAGGUGCUGUCGACCCCACAUUUACCAGCCGGUGUACACACCUUCUAUGUGAGAGUCAAGUCAGUAACAUGUUUGUGCAGGCCUUGAGAGAGAGGAAACGGUGUGUGACCGCCCACUGGCUCAACACGGUAUUAAAGAGGAGGAGCAUGGUUCCUCCUUAUCGGACGUUACAUUUACCCUUCGCCUUCCCUCCUGGAGCCAAGCCCUGUUCUCAGCACAUAAUUUCAGUGACAGGUUUUUUGGACACUGACAGAGAUGACCUUAAACUGAUGGCCUAUUUGGCGGGGGCCAGAUACACUGGAUACCUGUGUCGCAGCAACACAGUUCUCAUAUGUAAAGAACCAAGUGGACUCAAGUAUGGGAAGGCCAAGGAGUGGAAGAUACCGUGUGUCAACGCCCAGUGGUUGUGUGAUAUUCUACUGGGCAACUUUGAAGCACUGAGUCAGAUUCAACACAGCAGAUACUCCACCUACACUCAGUCUGAACCACUGGGACCUAAUCCAAAGCUGGUCCAGAAUCUGCUGGAUGCUUGGAGAUCACCAAUAAAAGUAUCUCCUGAGGCCUUGGCGAACCUACAACUGGCAAAGAAGCAGGAGCUCACAGACUCAGCCAACCCACCAGCCAAUAAGAAAGCCCGACUGGAAGAGACCUUUACUCCCAGUAAACUGCUCUCUGCAGAGACUGUUCCUCAUGUCAUCUUCACAGGAUUUGAACCUGCAAACGUGCAGCAGUACACAAAGAUGUUGUUUUCUUUGGGUGGUGAGGUUGUGGACAGCAGUCACAAAGUGACUCACUUGGUGGCCACAAAGGUGACGCGCACCGUCAAGUUCCUCACUUCUAUGUCUGUGGCCAAACACAUUGUCAGCCCAGAGUGGCUAGAAGAGAGCUUCAGGAGCCAGAAGUUUGUAGACGAACAGCCUUAUAUUCUGAAGGACGCAGAGGCAGAAGUGCUGUUUGGUUUUAGUCUGGAGGAGUCCCUGAAGAGAGCCCAAUGUGCUCCACUCUUCAAGGGAAAAUUCUUCUUCCUCACACCGGGUAUUUGCCCCAGCCUCAGUACUAUGAAGUCCAUCCUGGAGAGUGCUGGAGGGAAGCUGCUGGCCAAACAGCCCUCCUUCAGAAAGAUCAUGGAGCACAAACAGGACAAGAACCUUCCAGAAAUCAUUUUAAUUUCCUGUGACAAUGACCUGCAUCUUUGUAGAGAGUACUUUUUAAGGAACAUCGAUGUGCACAACGCUGAAUUCAUCCUGACAGGAAUUCUCACCCAGAAACUCGACUAUGAUUCAUUUAAGUUCACAUGAUGCAGGACCAGAGAAGAACAUGUCUUCAGGAACUUCGUGUAAAGUUCAAGACCCAACAAGUGUUUCUAUGUGUCUGUCUGUUUUAAUAGAUGUCAUUUUUAUAUAGUGUUGUGUUAGCUGUUUAAAAUCAAAUAAAUUAAUGUUAUUUUUGUGAAAUUGUUACCUAAAUUAUAGACUUUUUUUAAUAGUUCCAGCCCUUUUUCAGAUAGAUUAUGUAAAGGCUUCAGCUUCCGUGGCUGCUCUUUGAAAUAAAAACUGCAUUUCUUUGUAAAAGAA